AUGGAUUGGGUUGGACUUGGCUAUUUUUAUGAUUACUGGACUUUGUUUCUUUAUUCUACUGUAAGGCCUAAGUGGAGUGAGAGGCGGUUCAGGAAUGGCUUGAGUGAUUUUUUUGCGGUUCAACUCGGUUCACCACUGGGUUGGUCCAGUUUAACUGGACCAAUUCGUGACUGGUUAGCUGUGGUUGGGAAUGGGUCAGACACUGGAUCCCGAGUCGGAUCAAGUUCAUGCACAACCCAAACUCAGAAACUAGCUAGUGGUUGCCGCGUCUACCGCCAUCAUCUGCUGUUAGCCGAUGAUCAUCAGCUGGUGGGUGGUAGUGUUGGUAGUCACGGUAAUGAUAGGGUUGAGUUGAUAACUGAGGGUUGCGAGGAGGAGGGAGAAUUAGAGUUCUCUGACUAUAUUGACACCACUGAGGGACUGAUAGUAGAAAAUGGAGAAAAGAACCAAGCUAAAAUAUCCUUGCAUGCUAUGUUAGGAAUCUCUGGAUAUCAAACCAUGAAAGUCAAGGAGUCAUCAAGAAACAUACCUUGUGAUUUAUUUCAAGUGCCUAAAGGAUUAUCACCUUGUGGACGACAACACCGUAAGAUCCCACUGAAAGAUGAAGGGCAAGUUGUUAGAGUCAAGCCUUAUAGGUACCCAACCAUUUCAAAAGAUGAAAUUGAAAUCAUGGUCAGGGAAAUGCUUGAAUGUGGCAUCAAGAAAUGGAGAACUAUUAAAGAAACGGGACUCUUACUGCGCACACAAACUCCAAGCAAUAAAACAAAUUUCAAACGCAAACAGAAGUUACAAACCAAAGUAAAAAAACUACCUCAAAUUUUCUCUUCAAAACCACCCGAAGAAGAAAAGAAACUACCAAAACAAAAGCAAAAACAAAAAGAGAAGGCAAAAGUUAAAGGAGCCCAUAAUCUGUUACUGCAUGUAAAAGGAGAAAUAAUUUCAAUGGAUCUCAAUGAUUACACUAUCAUCAAGGAAGGAGAAGCUGAGAUUCUUAUGCAUGCUAAAAAUGAAGUCUUUUACAACAAAACCCAGGUUAACAACAGAGACAUGUCCAUUGCCGUCCUGAGGACAUUGAUUUCAAGACGGAAGCAGGAACACGAGGCAUUGUUGUCUAAAAGAAACAAAUCAGCACCAAAGGUGCCUGAGAAGAGUGGUUCUAUAUCUGAAUUAGAAGAUAAACCUAAUGACUCUGGUAUGAAUUAUGAAAAAUCAAAUGAAGAUUGUGAAGGGCCUGAAGAGAAAUCUCAAGAAGAACCAUGUACUACUUCAGAAGAACCAGUUAAGACAGGGGGAAAAGUUCGAGGGAAGCUCAAACCACCAAGAGUUCUAGAGGCCUUGUCAGCAUCUGGGUUAAGGGCUCUGAGAUAUGCUCGGGAAGUAGAAGGGAUUGGUCAAGUUGUUGCUUUAGACAAUGAUAAAGGGGCAGUUGAAGCUUGCCAGAGAAACAUAAAGUUCAAUGGUUCUGUAGCAUUUUCAAAAGUGGAAUCACAUCUUGCUGAUGCUCGUGUAUACAUGCUUACCCACCCAAAAGAAUUUGAUGUGGUUGAUCUUGAUCCUUAUGGUUCACCUUCUGUGUUCCUGGACUCUGCAGUUCAAUCUGUUGUUGAUGGUGGCAUGCUGAUGUGCACUGCAACUGAUAUGGCAGUCCUGUGUGGGGGUAAUGGGGAGGUUUGCUAUUCCAAAUAUGGAUCAUACCCAUUGAGAGGGAAAUAUUGCCACGAAAUGGCAUUGAGGAUCCUCUUAGCGUGCAUUGAGAGUCAUGCAAACCGGUACAAACGUUAUAUUGUUCCUGUGCUAUCUGUCCAGAUGGACUUUUAUGUCCGUGUUUUUGUUCGUGUAUACUCUUCAGCAAGUGCGAUGAAGAAUACUCCCCUUAAGCUCUCUUAUGUCUAUCAAUGCACUGGUUGUGAUUCUUUUCAUCUACAGCCUAUUGGGAGAACUGUUUCUAAGAAUACCAGUGUGAGGUAUCUCCCGGGCUUUGCUCCUGUUGUCCCUCAAGAGUGUAGUGAUUGUGGGAAGAAAUUUAACAUGGGUGGGCCUAUAUGGUCUGCCCCCAUCCAUGAUCAAGAUUGGGUAACUAACAUACUAGCUGAUGUAAAAUCAAUGAAGGAUCAUUAUCCUGCCUAUGAUCGCAUCUUUGCGGUAUUGACUACAAUUUCAGAGGAAUUGCCUGAUGUUCCUCUCUUUUUGAGUUUGCACAACCUCUGUGCUACGCUGAAAUGCACUUCCCCAUCCGCAAUUAUUUUCCGCUCUGCUGUGAUCAAUGCAGGAUAUCGAAUUUCAGGAACUCAUGUGAAUCCAUUGGGACUAAAAUCAGAUGCUCCCAUGGAUGUCAUUUGGGACAUAAUGCGCUGCUGGGUUAAAAUUCAUCCAGUUAAAGCUCAACCAGCUGAUCAGCCGGGGAGUGUGAUUCUUGCCAAAGAACCAGUUCUUCAUGCAAAUUUUGCUCGAGCUGUUGCAUCCCUGAGCAAGGCACAAGCUAAGAAGGUUGCUCGCUUCCUUCCAAAUCCUGAAAGGCACUGGGGGCCAAAGCUUAGGGCAGGUCGCCAAAUCACCAGUAAGCACAUUUCUCUUUUGGGUGAAGAAGCAGUAAAUGGAUGUCUCAGCCAUGAAGAUAGUGAGCGUGAUGCCAAACGCCAAAGGACUGAAAAGAUGGAGGAUGGUACUGCAGAAUCAUAGAUUAGGUAAGUCAAGCCAAGCUGGCAUAAAUAUUAUUUUACUGCCUCAUUACCUAAAAUAUGUCAUGGUUUGAGGUUGGAAUUCAUGGUAGUGCAACCAUAAUCAAUUUUGCAAAAUGCAAUUUCUGUUUGAAAACUAUUCAAAUCUUGAAGCAAUUAAUUGCAGUUUUGUGGUCCUGGAAAUCAGAUGUAGGAUACUAUUUAUUUGAUCUUAAUAUAGUUUAUUGUGUUG